UGUCGGAGCGGUUUCAUAUUACCCAGUGUUUUAUCAAUAGUUGUAAAUUAGCGGAUAAAUCACAGGUUUUACCCGGAGAUAUCAGCUCGUAUAGAUAAAAACGUUAUCUUUAUAAUGCGCCUUUGACCGCUAUGGUGCGUCGAUUAUUAGCGUCCUUUUUUUUUUUUUUUUUUUUUUAAAUAAAAGUGCAUAUUUUUGGACCAAACCGCAGCCCAAAUGAGGCACCUGCGAGGAUGGAGAUCACCUUUAACUGACGACUGUUUUCAAGAUUAAAUUGUAGGAACAUGGAGACCACUUCCAUUGUCCAGGCUUAUCCAGCAGUAUGAUUGGAGCAUCCAGUCUCUCAGGGGACACCUUGAUAGCCUGCCACUUCCCCGUCGUGCAGCUUUCUACUUGGCAACUUCCUGUCCAGGCCCUGUGCACCUCUGCCAAGAGGUCCGGCCGGCUGUGCUCAGCGGGCCUGACUCGGGCCGUGUCCCUCCCAGAGCAAGAGUCGCUCAACCGAGACCAUGCCUUCACUGGUGACCGGAGACAUUUUUCCAGCAGCUACAGCAGUCUCAACGAGGACCGGGCAGAGGAGGAGGGAGCCAGCGACAGCAGCUGGAGGUACGACUCCACCUCUUCACCUGAAGAAACGAGUUCCCAUCAGAAGAAGGAAAACUCUGGGGUUAGAGGCACUCUGCGGUCACACAACUCAUUCCUUCCCUGUACAGAGCUAAAUGAGGAUGAGGAGGAUGAAGACAGUGAUGGAGAUAAUCUGCACAGAUAUCACGAGGACUCAUCGUUUGUGUUGCAUGGAAAUUCCAACUGGCCCCUAAGUAAUGGCGCCCCAAAUUAUACAAUGCCUCAUGGGAACCUGGACAGUGAAUGGGGCAAUGAAGGAACUAUUCUGGUUAGUGAGAGCGAUCAAGAAUGGCUCUCUAACCAGUCUAACCAGAUGGACUCCCUGCCACCUGAAUGCCAGUGCUGUCACAUGAGCAGAUCUGGCAUCGCGAUGAUGGCUUAUUUGGAGCAGGACUCUGACAGACUGCAGGAUAACAUGUCCUGCUGCCUCCACAGCCAACGCAAAUGUUCCCCAGAGCUGCUUUCCAACAGCCACACAGAGUAUGUCAGUGACUCUUCCUGUAACAGUUCUGAUGGCGUCUUGGUUAACUUCUGCACAAUGUAUGACAAAAGCAACAAUCCUGCCACACCUCAUGAUCUCAGCAGUCCUGCAGUUCACCCAUCUGAGUCAUCAGACGGAUCUGUAUUCCUCAACCUCCAACCUGUUCCCCAAAGUCAGACCAAGGAAGUCCACCUUGAUAGCAUGAUGGUUUACUCUCCCCCAAAAGAGGAGGUCGGCAUGAUGCUCUCUGCUUCCCACUGGUCCCCUCAAGGCCUCGACUCUAACUGCAAUCUGUACUCACUAGAGCAGCUACCCCCGGGUCUCUCCUCUCUGGAGGUGUCGGACCUGACUGCUUGUCUUCAAAGCCAGGCCACGCUGGCCAUGGGGACCAACCAGAAGUACUACAAGCUUGUGACUUGUGACCUCUCUUCCCAGUCACCCAGCCCAGCCUGGUCCAGCGCCACCAGCUGCCCCGAGGGUCAGAGCAGAAGCAGCCCCUUCCUUCUCACUCUUGAUCAGAAGAAAGAAGGACAGCACAAUGACAUCAAUAAGGAGAAAGAGAGUCAACAAAAGGAGAAGUGUGCUCGAUUUGAAUGUAGUAAUUUUCAGAUCCAAGAUUACCAGGUUGCCACCACCUCCACUGACAAAACCCUCUGCAGAAAGAAAUAUGCAGAUGGUAUCCAGAACCUCUCACACAAGCCUUGCUCACUGUGCCCCAGCCAGUGUGGCCCACAUAGUAGUAAAUGCCAAGAUGCAAGAGUGGCAACCACACAGCCAUCUGUGACACAGGACCAGGAGCACAACAGUCCUUGUGCAACUGAGAGGGGAGUAAGUCCAGAAGUGGUGCGCUAUAGUAAAGCCCAGAGGCCAACCUCACUGCCUAUCCAGCCCUUCGUUCUGGUUCCUGCAGGAAAACCGCAGCCCCCGGCCCAGCCUCUCAGCUGUCUUCUGGAACAGUAUCUAAAUAAAAAGAGCAGCAAGACUAGUAAUACCCAGCCAGGCUUUAACUUAAAGGGUAAAAGCCAAAGUUUUUCUGAUAUUCACACAUCACCAAUGGAUAACCACUGCUCCAUCUUCCUAGAAGCUCCUUCCACCUCUGAUACCUGCUCCACCUGCACACCAAGCCCAGAGUGCUUCAUCCAGACACAUUCAUGGAGUCAGUUGAGUGAACCCCAAAGCUGCCCCGGUCAAUGCACAUCAAAAAGCAGCCUGGAUUCACAUCAUAUUAGUCAUCCCACAGAGGUUCACGAACAAGAUAAAGCAAGCCCACACUCAGGCAGAACUCAGGGUAACAAUUUCCUCAAUCUUUUCUCCACUCCAAAUCAAUCCAAUCUUGUUAGGAUUCCCACCUACCGGGACUUGAUCAGUCUCACCUCUGAGCAAAGCCAUGUGAGUGGUGAGCCUAAAAGUGCCAAUCAUUCCCUGAACUACACCACCUACCAUUCAAUAUUCUCUCAAACACCACCCACUUUAACCCUAACCACUGACACCCACCACCCAAACCUGCAGGUGUCCCUUUCUCCAUCCGCAACCUCUCUACCGCAGGAAAAGUUCCCACAGUGUGGAGCUGCACCUGCAGCUGACUCUGGCUUUUUUCACACUAGUUUUAAAGCUGCCCUCUGCUCCAUGGCUCCUCUCUCCUCUUUGAGUUCUCUCCUCUCCUUGGCUGCUUCAGGGUUGCAAAUCCAGGACUCUGCUGGACACAGCUUGAAGCCAAAUCAGAGUCAUCACAGUGAGUCUCUAAUCCUGAGUGACAGGCCGCCUACAGAAUUCAACCUCUCACCUGAUGCAUCUUAUGAGUCUAUGUCUAUCAGCCAUCUUCAGAGGAGAGGUUUGCUGAGGUCUGUGAGCAGGGCAGUGGAUUUGAUCAUGGCUCAUUUUGGCAGCAGCAGAGAUCCUGAAGAAAAGAUGCGUCUAGGAAACAGUUCUUGCAGUCCCACAAUCGCUGGUCUGGUCCUGGAACACUUGUGCCCAACGAUCCAGAAUAUUUUAGAGGACGGUCUUAGGGAUCACAAACUGGAUUUUAUAAUUGGUCAGCGCCGCAACCACUCCUGGAGUGUGGUCGAAACUUCUACUAGGAUCGGUCCAUCCACUAAGGUUCUUCACAGUCUAGUCUCCAAAAUCAGACGCUGUACCCAGCUCACCAGCCACUGCAUGAAACUGAGAGCUUUCAUCAUGGGCUUGCUUAACUUGAGAGCUUUGGAGUUCUGGCUCAGUCACCUUCAGAGCCAAAAAGAUGUUGUGACAGCCUACUACCAUUCAUGGGGCUUCCUGUCCAUGUCCCUGGGUCGGUGUCAGCCAUUGUUUCAGGAGCUGCUGCUUCUCCUGCAGCCACUCUCUGUUUUGCCCUUUGACCUCAACUUGCUUCUGGAGCCCCGACUGUUACGUCACAGACAGCUGUGUUCAGAAGAGCAGGCUCUCUCGCCACCUCAACCGUGCUCAGCGCUUUUAGUAACCAGCUGGCCAAGACUGCAAGCCGACAAGAAGGAAGACAGCAGCUACUGCAGUCAGGUUUCACACCAGAUUGAUUUGCACCACCAAGAGUCUCUCAGCUCUCAGAAUUCAAAUUGUUACAAGCAACAACGUGGUUGUAUGCAGACCAACAGGAGUCCAGUGUUGGCCCCUAUUCCUGAGUGGUGUCCUAAGGAGACUGACCCUGUGGAUGAUGUGGUUGGACUGGAGGACCGUAGUCAAAAUCAUGCAGAUACUUGGUCUCAAAUAAGCAUGGAAAGCAAGACAGAAGAAACAAGAGUGGAAAAAGACUGUGGCACUCCAAAUCCAUCAACUAUCACGCAGGCAGAAAGUCCUUGUCAGGGGGGGCUGCGCUGGGCCAAACUGUUUGGAGCGACUGAUGCUUCUGCCAGACCGGGAGCAAUUUCACAGAGUCACAUGGGAGCACAAACCAGAAAGCACAGACGACCAUCACAGUGGCUACAUUUGGACAGAUCACAGCUCGGACUGUUGGCUCAAUCCAUCAGGUCCAUGAAGUUGGGAGGCGCUCAAAGAGACAAGGACUGCUGAAAACUAAACCCUCUGCAGGGGGAAUCAUUAUCAUCAGCGUGUCAGCUUAUCACCACGUCAUUCCAUUAAAACUGAAAUUAGCUCUGUGAACAGGUGUGCCUGUAGCAUCACAAAGUGUAGCAAAAAUUAUUCUCGAUUGAGUGGGAGAUCUUCACAUCAGACUCAUAAUUUGUCAUUGUAUAAAUUAGUUACGGAUAUAUGCAGAAAUAAGGUAGUUAUUAGUAUUCAUGUUCAUGGAGUUAUGAAUGAGAGGAAAAGACCCAGUAACAGCAGUAGCAAUAACAGCUCUCCAUCUAGUUAUUUAAUUUGAUGCCACCUUUUAAAAUUGGAGUUGUAUAUGCACUCACUUCAUAAGCUACACCUGUUUGGCUGCUUUUUGAUGCAAAUUUAAUCACGUGACACCAACUUAAUGCAUUUAGACAUGGUCAAGACAACCUGCUGAAGAUCAAACCGAGGAUCAGAAUGGAGAAGAAAGGUGAAUUAAGUGACUUUGAAGGUGGCGUCUUGGUACCAGACAGGCUGCUCUGAGUAUUAGAAACUGCUGAUCUCCUGGGAUUUUCUCAGAGAAAUUAAAUGGUGAAAUUGCCUUGUUGAGGUCAGAGGAGCAUGGCUGUACUGCUUCAAGCUGACAGGAAGGCAACAGUAACUCAAAUAAACAUUUGCUACAACCAAGAAGAGCAUCUCUGAAUGCACAACGCAUCAAACCUUGAAGCUGUUGGGGUACAGCAGUAGAAGACCACUCCUGUCAGCUAAGAACAGGACAUUGAGGCUGCAGUUCACACGGGCUCACCAAAUUUGGACAACAGAAGACUGGAAAAAUGUUGCUUGCUCUGAUGAGUCUCAAUUUCUGCUGUGACAUUCAGAUGGUAGGGUCAGAAUUUGUCAUAAACAGCAUGAAAGCAUGGAUCCAUCCUGCCUUGUAUCAACAGUUCAAGGCAUUACGGCGGUGUGAUUGUGUUGGGGAUAUCUUCUUGGCACAUUUUGGGCCCCUUAGUACCAACUGAGCAUCAUUUAAAUGCCACAGCUGACCUGAGUAUUGCUGCUGACUAUGUCCAUCCCUUUAUGAUUCACAUCAUGGAUGUGAAAAAUCAGCAUCUGUGAUGUUGUCGUGUCAAUGCGAACCAAAAUCUCUGAGCCAUACAGAAUGAAGGCGGUUCUGAAAUCAAAAGGGGGUCCAACCCAGUAAUGGCAACAACACUUUUCAGAACAUCUGGCACAGACUGGGAACACUGUGUAAGGUUAAAAAAAAAAAAAAAAGGCUUUGUGAAACAGGAUUGGAUAAUAAACAGAGAGGCCUCUUUCUAUAGUAAAGAUGGUAAUGGUGAUCUCUGGGCCUUUGAGGGGCAGUGUGCAGCCUCAUUCAAGGAAGAUCGAACUUAUUUCAACAAGACAGUGUCUGACCACAUCCUACACUGUAGUAGAAGCUGGAAGAGUUCUGUAAAUAUAUAGCAUAUGACAACGGAUGCCCCAAGCAGUCAAGCAGCUGAAAUCCUAUAUCAAACAAGCAUGAAGAAACUGCUCUGUUCCCAAAUGUUUGGGAAUGUUAAAAGAAGACGUGAUGUAACAGAGAGGGAAACAAAUCCCUGUGUUAUCUUAAGAGAAAAAAAAAACCCACUGGCAUCAAAUCCCAUCUGAGCAUAUAUGUUUAAAAAAAUAUAUCGCUGCAGCAUUUCAACAUCUGAAAUCAUCUGAAACAUCUGAUGGUCUUUGUGCCAAAUACAGCUUUUAAAUGAUUUGCAUAUUAUUGCAUUCAUUUUUUUUGUUUACAUUUUACACCAUUUUUUUUUUUUAGGAAGAGUUGUCUAACCCAAAGUGUUUUCCAGGAAAUGGUUUGAUGAGUAAGCGCCAGUGUGUUAUGGACUAACCAUGAUAAGGUGAUAAUGAUACUCGCCACAUGUCAACCAUAAGAUGUGAAUAUUAAUUCUCCUGUAGAUUGUUGGAUAUUCUCGUGGUCCAAAACUUUCCAUUUCUCAUGGUUACCUUCUGUCUCUGCAUAGCUUUGUCAUUUUAUUAAUGGGGAAAAAAAAUAUCGGUGCCAAAUAAGCCACACACACCAGCCUCCUGUACUUACUGUCAGUGAUGGUUUUAUUCCUGGUAACUAGCCUUUUUUUUUCCCAGCACAUUCACAGCAUGGAUUUACUGUAGAUACAUGUCGAGUCAAAAAACGUACAGAAGGUGGUCCCGUCUUGAUUGGAUCUCUCAGCUUCCUUUAGCUGUUUUUCUCCCCUUUGAUGUUUUUAUAGGUGCAGAGUUUGUUUUGGAGAUUUUCUGGCAUGGAAAUUUUAAAUGUGUAGAGUUGUUUGGUUAAUACUGCAGCAUGUCUUCAGGUCUUCCAGUGAAGUUAAACACAUAAGCCACCUUGUGGACAUUUCAGGUAUUUAACUGUGUGUCAGGAAUACUUUGAUUGACUGGUAGUGAGAUAUGAUGGAAGAAAAUGGGGGGGUGGGGGUCUUUUAUUAAAUAACACGAGGUCUGGUAUGUUUUCCCUCCUUUCUUUAUUUUCUCUCUUCCUCUGAAUGCUUCCUCCAAUGCCCAGUGAC